CCAGCACGCGCAGCCUGCCGCGAGUCCCUGGCGUCCCCUCCGGCGCGAUCUUGGAGCCACUUCCCCGAGCGGAAGUCAGCCUGCGGCUCGGGCCCUGGUGGUGGGACCUGCUCGGAGGAAUGGCGUCGCCGGGUUCAAGCACUGUCUUCCUGUUGGCCCUGACAAUCAUAGCCAGCACCCAGGCUCUGACGCCCACUCACUACCUCACCAAGGCAGAUGUGGAGAGACUGAAAGCCUCACUGGAUCGCCCUUUCACAAGUUUGGAAUCUGCUUUUUACUCCAUCAUGGGACUCAGCAGCCUAGGUGCCCAGGUGCCAGAUGUAAAGAAAGCGUGCACCUUCAUUAAGUCAAACCUUGAUCCAGGCAAUGUGGAUUCCCUUUUCUAUGCUGCCCAGUCCAGCCAGGCCCUCUCGGGGUGCGUGAUCUCUAUUUCCAAUGAGACCAAAGAUCUGCUCCUGGCAGCUGUCAGUGAAGACUCAUCUGUUACCCAGAUCUACCAUGCUGUGGCCGCCCUCAGCGGCUUUGGCCUUCCCUUGGCUUCCCAAGAAGCACUCAGCGCCCUUACCGCUCGCCUCAGCAAGGAGGAGACUGUGUUAGCAACAGUCCAGGCUCUGCAGACGGCAUCCCACCUGUCCCAGCACGCUGACUUGAGGAGCAUCGUGGAGGAGAUUGAGGAUCUUGUUGCUCGCCUCGAUGAACUGGGAGGUGUAUAUCUCCAGUUUGAAGAAGGACUGGAAACCACAGCCUUAUUUGUGGCUGCCACCUACAAGCUCAUGGACCACGUGGGCACGGAGCCAUCCAUUAAGGAGGAUCAGGUCAUCCAACUCAUGAAUGCCAUCUUCAGCAAGAAGAACUUUGAGUCACUCUCAGAAGCCUUCAGCGUGGCCUCUGCUGCCGCUGCGCUCUCUCAGAACCGCUAUCACGUGCCAGUUGUGGUUGUGCCCGAGGGCUCUCCUUCAGACACUUAUGAGCAGGCUAUCCUUCGGUUGCAGGUCACCAAUGUUCUGUCUCAGCCUCUGACUCAGGCCACUGUUAAACUAGAACAUGCUAAAUCUGUUGCUUCCAGAGCCACUGUCCUCCAGAAGACAUCUUUUACCCCUGUCGGGGAUGUUUUUGAACUAAACUUCAUGAAUGUCAAAUUUUCCAGUGGUUAUUAUGACUUCUCUGUCAAAGUUGAAGGUGACAACCGUUAUAUUGCAAAUAGUGUCGAGCUCCGAGUCAAGAUCUCCACUGAAGUUGGCAUCACGAAUGUUGAUCUCUCCACCGUGGACAAGGAUCAGAGCAUUGCACCCAAAACCACCCGGGUGACCUACCCAGCGAAAGCCAAGGGCACAUUCAUCGCAGACAGCCACCAGAACUUCGCUUUGUUCUUCCAGCUGGUAGAUGUGAACACCGGUGCUGAACUCACCCCUCACCAGACAUUUGUCCGACUCCAUAACCAGAAGACUGGCCAAGAAGUUGUGUUUGUUGCUGAGCCGGACAGCAAGAAUGUGUACAAGUUUGAAUUGGAUACCUCUGAGAGAAAGAUCGAAUUUGACUCCGCAUCCGGCACCUACACUCUCUAUCUGAUCAUCGGAGAUGCCACUUUGAAGAACCCAAUCCUUUGGAAUGUGGCUGACGUGGUCAUCAAGUUCCCUGAAGAAGAUGCUCCAUCGACUGUCCUGUCCAAGAACCUUUUCACCCCCAAACAGGAAAUUCAGCACCUGUUCCGAGAGCCUGAGAAGAGGCCCCCCACGGUGGUGUCCAAUACAUUCACUGCCCUGAUCCUCUCGCCCUUGCUCCUGCUCUUUGCUCUGUGGAUCCGGAUUGGUGCCAAUGUCUCCAACUUCACUUUUGCUCCAAGCACAAUCAUCUUUCACCUGGGACAUGCUGCGAUGCUGGGGCUCAUGUAUGUCUAUUGGACUCAGCUCAACAUGUUUCAGACCCUGAAGUACCUGGCCAUCUUGGGCAGUGUGACGUUUCUGGCUGGCAAUCGGAUGCUGGCCCAGCAGGCAAUCAAGAGGAUCGCUGCAGAGCAGAGCAGUAGAUUGGCAAAAUAUAGGACACUACGAACAGCACACUAGUGCCAGAAAAAGGAGGGCAGUGCUGAAAGCCGAAAUGAGUAUCAAGAAAAGGAGUCAAGAACAAUUCACAGUUUGUAAAGAGGAAUGAAGAAACUUUAUUUAAACAGGAAAAGGUCGAAAUUGUGGUUAUACUUUGGCUUGUUGUUUUUCUCUUCCCCCAACAUGGAGUGGAUACCUGUGAGCCCCGAUACUCUGAUUCCUCGGCAUGGUGCCCCCGCCAGAUGCUGUGAAUAAUCCUAACUUAGCUGCCAGGUGUCACAUUGGAAAAGUUGAAAUUUGUAAUUAAUCUGUUUUGGAAUAAAGAGAAUAACAGGAA